AAUCAGUUUUGUUUAAACCGAUCGACAUGAAGGCUUUCUUUGUUCUGGUGGCUCUGGCCAUAGCCGCUCCUGCCCUGGCAGGCCGCACCCUGGACCGUUGCUCCCUGGCCCGCGAGAUGGCCAACUUGGGCGUCCCCCGUGACCAGUUGGACAAAUGGACCUGCAUUGCCCAGCACGAGAGCGACUACCGCACCUGGGUGGUGGGACCGCCCAACUGGGACGGCUCCAGCGACUACGGCAUCUUCCAGAUCAACGAUCUGUACUGGUGCCAGGCCGAUGGCCGCUUCUCCUACAACGAGUGUGGCCUAAGCUGCAAUGCCCUCCUGACCGACGACAUCACCAACUCGGUGCGUUGUGCCCAGAAGGUCCUCAGCCAGCAGGGAUGGGGCGCCUGGGCCGUAUGGCACUACUGCAGCGGAUGGUUGCCGUCCAUCGAUGAUUGCUUCUAAACUGAUUUUGACCACGAAUAAAACGAUUGCAUAAAAAAUACUG